AUGCUUUUUUGUACACUAAUCGGCAGAAUUGAUGUGCACUUAUAUUAUAAGGCAACUUCUGACCAAGUAGAUGUUUUAAGAGGUUGUAUUUAUUCCCGCAUCUUUGAGCCUCGAUGCUUGGGGAUGAACUUCAGCAGGCUACCAACGCGUCUGCUCUCGUGUCUAUCAGCAUUCAGCUCUCGUGCAAACAUUGUUUCUAGGGAUGGUGCCACGAUUAUUUGCUGGCAUCCAAGGCAGAACAUCCCCUAUGAGAAGACCAAGCCUAUCAUACGCGACUUAGAAAGAAUAAAACAACCUGAAUCGCCCCUGAAAGUCCAGUUUGAUCACACGAAAGAGCCAACCAUACGAGAAGUCGCAGCAGCUCUGUGCAAGUCUUCACGAACACUUAAGCCCAGACGGAAAGAGCGUUCCUUUAGCCCGUACUACUGGGAUGAUGAGAUAUUGCGGCGACGGUUGUGA